AUGCUGGCCGCGCUCCUCCGCCCGGGGCGGCUGCUGUCCGCCGCGCCGCUCCGCCCGCCCGCGCCGCGGGGAGCCGCGGCAGCCGGGGAUCCCGCCCGGAGCCCGGGCACCACCCGCGCUGAGCAGGCUCACAGGGUAGUCGCAAGUUACAAACCUUCGAAGUUUGACAAGAAAAUCCUCCUGUGGACUGGACGUUUCAAGACAGAAGAAGAGAUUCCUCUGAGGAUCCCGCCAGAGAUGCUAGACAAGGCAAGAAACAAAGCUCGAGUGAAAGCCUGUUACAUCAUGAUUGGGCUCUCAAUUAUUGCCUGUUUUGCAGUGAUUGCUUCAGCUAAGAAGGCUGCUGCACGUCAUGAGUCCUUAACGAGCUUGAACUUGGCAAAGAAGGCCAAGUGGCGGAAGGAGGCUGCGCUGGCCGCGGAAGCGAAGACAAAAUAACUUCACCUGAAAUGCUCAAUGUCCUCCGAAGAGCAAAAUGAGCUGCUGCUGAGAGCAAUUAGUGAGUUUCACCCCUAAAUGGACAACCAUAGUUUGCACACCCUGAAGCCAGUAAGGGCAGCUACAGCAUCACAAAAAGAAAGGGAAAGUCUCUUUCCUUAGGAAGAUAUUCAGGAUACUUGUUGCAUAUAAUUAAAACUAUUUAGAAUGCUUUACAUAUGAUUAAAAGCAGUAAUUAGUUUUAAAGGAGUAGAGUAGUUUCUUAAGAAUGCCAGUUACCUUU